CAUGUGGCAGUGCCCCCUCCUUGCUGCCUGCGGGAGGCUCCGGGCCUGCUGUCCGUGCGCCUCCUGCCCUCCCUUGCGGGGCUGCCGGCUCUUCGUGGAGCCCCCUGGCCUGUCACCUCGAGUGUCGCAGCGUGCUGGCCUUUCCUGUAGGGGUUUAACUUCUGCUUCCGCCCUGUGGAGUAUGCCCUUGGUUUCUGUUACUGUGGUGCCGUUAUUGCAGCUUUAACUAGUUGGAGCAAUCCUAAGUAAGGCAGGUUAGCGUGUAGCAGUAAUUUCUCGUAUUAGACUGGAUAGAAUUGUUGGUGCAGAAAAAGAGACAAGCUCUGGGGUUUACAAGCACUUUAAAAUCCAGCUGAUUUAACUUAUUUUUGUCUCUUUUUAGCUAAUUUUGCCUUCAGAUGGGAACACUAUAGCAUGGCAGAUGAUGACUGACAAUAAGCAAGAAUCACUUUUAUUUGAAUGCCAGUUCUGCAGCUUUUUGCAGAGAGAAGAAAGAUGGAAAGUAAUGCAGUUUUACUGGAAUCCAAGUCCUCUCCCAUCAACCUUCUGAAUGAAAUGCAUCAGCUGCGUCUCCUGGGCCACUUUUGUGACGUGACAGUUAGUGUGGAAUACCAAGGUGUCAGGGCAGAAUUUGUUGCUCACAAAGCUGUAUUAGCAGCAACAAGCAAAUUUUUCAAGGAGAUGUUUCUUAAUGAGAAGAGCAUGGAUGGCCCAAGAACCAAUGUGUUUUUGAAUGAGGUCCAAGUUGCUGAUUUUGCUUCGUUUCUUGAGUUUGUCUAUACUGCUAAGGUAGAGGUGGAGGAAGACAGAGUGCAGCGUAUGCUAGAAAUAGCUGAAAAACUGAAGUGCUUGGACCUCUCAGAAACCUGCUUUCAAUUAAAGAAGCAGAUGCUUGAAUCGGUGCUGUUAGAGUUGCAAAACUUCUCUGAAUCACAGAACUCUGAGGAAGAGAGUGCUACCCAGACAAGCAUUUUGCUUGAGACAAAAGUAGCCGCUGUGGCAGAAGCUGACCAGGCAGACUGUCCUCUGGAUCUUCCAGAUUCCCCAGUAGACAGUAGACCUAGCAACGGAGUAGCUCUGGAGAUGCCAGCUGCCAAAUCAAAAGAGAAAAUGGACAAGAAGAAGGAAAUGGUGAAGCCUCCCUAUGCCAAAAUCAGAAGGGCAAGUGGGAGGCUGGCUGGGAGGAAAGUAUUUGUGGAAAUCCCUAAGAAGAAGUACACAAGGCGGCUGAGAGAGCAGCAGAAGAAUGCAGAGGUUACUGUUGAAGAAAACAAAUACCCACAAGACCAGAGCAUGUGUGAUGCAGAGAGGGAGGAGGAGCAAGUGGAGAACAACAUUAAACCAGAAAGUGAAGAAUGUGAUGGCAACUUUGAAUCAGAAGAAAAUCUGAAAAAAUCUGAAGAGGAUAAAAAGAAACGAGGCAGUAACUUCAAGUGCAGCACAUGUGAGAAGGAAUUCCUAUAUGAGAAAAGUUUUCUCAAGCAUAUAAAACACAGCCAUGGCAUUGCAGCUGAAAUCAUUUAUCGAUGUGAAACCUGCAGUCAGACCUUUGCCAACCGGUGCAACUUAAAAAGCCAUCAGCGCCACGUCCACAGCAGCGAGCGCCAUUUCCCUUGUGAACUCUGCGGUAAGAAGUUCAAGAGGAAGAAGGACGUCAAGAGGCACAUUCUCCAGGUUCAUGAGGGUGGUGGGGAGCGUCAUCAGUGCCAACAGUGUGGAAAGGGGUUGAGCUCCAAAACUGCCUUGAGGCUUCAUGAAAGGACGCAUACAGGCGACAAGCCUUAUGGGUGCACAGAGUGUGAGGCUAAAUUUUCUCAGCCUUCUGCACUUAAAACACACAUGAGAAUCCAUACUGGUGAAAAACCUUUUGUCUGUGAUGAAUGUGGUGCCAGGUUUACUCAGAAUCACAUGCUUAUAUAUCACAAAAGAUGUCACACAGGGGAAAGGCCUUUUAUGUGUGAAACAUGUGGGAAGAGCUUUGCCUCUAAGGAGUACUUGAAACACCAUAACAGAAUACAUACCGGCUCCAAACCAUUUAAAUGUGAAGUUUGCUUCAGAACGUUUGCACAGAGAAAUUCACUUUACCAGCAUAUUAAAGUUCACACAGGUGAACGACCCUAUUGCUGUGACCAGUGUGGUAAACAGUUCACACAGCUCAAUGCACUGCAGCGCCACCAUCGAAUCCACACAGGGGAGAAGCCAUUCAUGUGCAAUGCAUGUGGGCGAACCUUUACUGACAAGUCCACACUCCGGCGACACACUUCAGUAAGAACCUGUAGCUCUAGAGCCUUGUCCCAUGUCCAGAUACAUGAUAAAAACACCCCAUGGAAGUCCUUCCUUGUCAUUGUUGAAGGAGCAUCUAAGAAUGAUGAAGGCCAUAAAACAGAGCUUCCUGAUGAAGAAUAUGAUGUGCCACCUAAAAUACCAGAGAAGCUGCUAUCUUUUUCUGAAAAUGGCCACUAUCAAAACUUGACUGCUGUCCCAGGGAGUGUGACUGCACUGCAUGAUAGUGGUUCUGCCACAGGGACAGACUGUAAGUCAGAUGGGACUCCGGGACCCCAAGAAGCCCUUAUAGCUACCACUCUAAGUGAGCUGACAGUACUACAUACACAAACAGACUCUAUUCAGCCGCAGCUUCAUGCUUUGGUGAAUAUGGAAUAAUUUGAUAUUUACGAACCCAGUUUAAGAUGCACCCUUUGUAUAGUCCUUUGACUUUGCCAAUAACCUACUGAGGGAACUAGGAGAAGCUAUAGAAAGGAAGCAAGGGUAGACACGAACGUCAUCCACAGGAUUUUCCUGAAUUUUCCCCCAAAAUUCAUUUUCCACCCUCAGUGUGUACAGCUCCAUCUCCUGAAGGUAGGGUAGAAUAACACCAAAUGCAAAUUGGUUUUAUCAGCUGAAAUACAUUUAGAUCCCCAUAACAUAAUGGUGGUGGAGAAGACCAAAAUGCCAGGACGUUUAUUUCCUAGGAAAAGGAGGAGGUUGGAAGCUGGUAUAGUUGAGAUCAUCUAGCUUGCCCUAGCUGGUCUACGGGGAAAGGAAGCACUUAAGACAGGUUAUAAAGAAGAUGUAAGUUUGGUUUGCAGUUGAUUUGAUUGCACAUGUGUACAAUCAGAAGAAAUGAUUUCACGUUUCUCGGCCCAGGAGUUUAGUCAGAUUAAUUGUAUUUUCCCUAGGAGAAAUUCAUACAUAAAAAAUAAACUUCUGCUAAAUUUAAUUUCAGGAAAUGUUGGUUAAUCUCUGCUUUGCCAAAGAUCCAAGCAGUGAGCCAGCUCACUCUUCGGAAAUAAAAGUGGGAGCCAACUUUGGAAAGACUUAGAGUUUCAUUCUAUGAGUUCUGAUGCUUUAGCAGCAAAAAUGAGGCAAGUGCAAGCAAAGCCUUAGGUCUGUACAGCUGAUGGUAUUCUUGCUACGUUUCAGGAAAACUUGGUGCAACUUGACACUUACUCAGUCAGACAUACUUUGUCUGUAACUGCUCUAGUCUACCUAAAACUUGGUACUUAGCAGCCAAAAUGUGUCUUGUAAAAAUGUUUUACCAAUAGUAGUGCUUGAGCUCUCCUGAAAAAGCCAGGGUAACAAAGCCCCUUGUAGAAAGACCGCUUAUCAGCAUUUUCCUGUGGAAACAUUUCUAAAGAGCUUUCUGUUGGUCCAAAGACAUCAGCAGUGCUGUUUUCUCUGCCGUCGCUUAAACGUCGCUGUUGUUCGCAACUGCAGACCUCUGAAAUCAGGCUGUUACUCUGGCCAAAGCCUCUGAGGCAGUUUCUGCCCAUGCCCGCUUUGUGCAUUUCCUGAAGGCCCGCUGUCUUGUAUGAAUUCACCUUCAGUGUCAGCAGAGUUACUGUGGCUGACCCAAGGUUAACCCAGCUGGAAUACUGGUGAGGGUGUUGCUUUUUUUUUCCCAUGGAAGAAAUCAGGAGAGCUGUCUUUGAAACAAAGUUGGCCCUGAGCAAGAAAAGAAAUGUUUGACUGGGCCAACUCUUGCCUUUGGAAGCAGCUGUUAAUCCAAAGCAACUUGCUGGUAUGGUUAACUCUUCAGACUCGGGGCCAGUUUCCUAAUGCCACCGUAUGAAAAUCUGGAGCUUUUCUGAUGCAUUUUUGUGUGUGGCUGUUCUGUUUCUUCUUCCUUGAAUAUUAUGAAAGUGGUAUUUCCACAGAAACUUGCUCCUCGGAAGCUUGGAGAAAAGCUUACUGAAAGAUUGCUUGUAAAGGUAAGCCCAGUCAAGCCUUGUUAUGGCCCGUUCUAAGGCUUAGGGGGUUGGCAAAGCAAUAAAGAUAUCCCAGCUGUGGCACAGAGCUCUUUUUGAACCUGAAAGGCAUGUCUGGUGUUACCCUGGGAUUAUAACUUAAUCUACAGAAAGGGAUUUUUUUUUAAAGAGAACAUUUCCAAGAGGUUAUAUUUGAAAUAUUUAUUCAAGCAUGAUGUUACCGUUGAAGCUCAGUAUGCCUAAUGACCAAUGUAAAGAGUUUGUAGAUAUAUUUAAGGCUGAGCAGUAGUACCUAGAGACAGGGAAGCUUUUGUACUCCUUGACUGUAUGGAAGUGAGGUACUUGUAUGAACUGUUCUUAUUAAAAUACUGCAAUCUU